AUGGCAGCAGAGAUGAUCGGUUCUGCGGUGGUCCAGGAGACUGUUAACGAAGUCUUAACAAGAAUCAAGGAGGGUUAUGUGGAGAAGUCAGAUGCAAAUGAGCAUAUAAAGAGGAUGGAGAUGGCUCACAUCAAGCUAGAGGCUGCCCUUGAGAUAUCCAACAUGUGGAACGUCACCAGUGCGCCACUGCUACGCUGGCGGAGCAAGCUCAAGCAUGCCACGCAGGAGUGCGACCACACUCUGCGCCAGUGCAGGCAGCGAUUCAUAGAAGAGGAAGAAGUGCAACAAGCAAUACAGAGAUCCUCCUUUCCUAUGAGGGUUGCUCAUACUGCUAUGUCAUUUCUUUCGUCAAUCUUUAGCAGCGGUAACAACAACAAGCUGACAGGAUCCACCGCCGUACGGCGAUUCGAGUGUUUUGCAGACGGAGAGUUCUUGAGGUACGUGGAGCUUGGUGGCACACCAUGCAGAUACAUGUUCUCUGUGCCUCUUAUACGACAUCUUCUCGCUGGCAAAGGAACAAAGUAUUGCUUUGUUCGUGGGGGCCAACAUCUCUCACUUAUUCUACAGCCCUUUAGUCUACACAACAAUGGGAUGGGUGGGAGCUUGGUAUUCUUACUUGAAGAUGCUGUUCAUACCGUACUUGAGCUCAACAGCCGAGACUGUGAAGACAAAGCUGACCCAGAUGCCAACGCAAGACUUGUGUUGGGUGUUCGAUGCUUAUUCAGUUUAUGGCUGUGA